AUGUCAUUCUUCCAGUUUGGCAGGGCAAAGUCACGACCUACGGCUGAUCUGCCACGACAAGCUCGUGAACAUGUUUCCAGGCUUGACGGUCCCAAUGGUGCGGCGAAGGCCGAGGAACUCGCACGUGUUCUCAGUCAGAUGAAACUUGUUCUGCAAGGAACCCAAGAGGCCGACAGCUCGCCCGAACAAACAUACCAGCUUGUUACUGGUCUUAUCGACGAGGACCUGCUGCACUUGUUAGCCGUCAAUCUCUACCGACUACCCUUCGAAGCUCGAAAAGAUACCCAGGUUAUCUUCUCAUACGUUUUCCGAUUCCGACCAGCUGCCGCCGCGCCAAAGAGCGAUCCUAUUGCCCUAUCCUACGUUGUCUGCAAUCGUCCGCAGGUACUCGUCGAAUUAUGCCGAGCGUACGAUCACAAAGAAAGUGCCACCCCAGCUGGGUCCGUGUUGCGGGAGUUGCUUAAGAACGAGGCUGCUGCUGCCAUAAUUCUGUACGACGACGGGGACGCACCCGGAUCUUCUUCCAAGGGACUCAAUGCUAUCGAUCGGGACCGACCACAGAGUGGCAGGGGUGUGUUCUGGAGAUUUUUUGACUGGGUGGACAAGAGCUCGUUCGAAGUCGCCGCAGACGCAUUCACCACCUUUAGAGAACUUUUAACACGACACAAGGAGCUGGUACCCAGAUAUUUGUCAGUAAAUUUCGACCUCUUUUUCGAAAAGUACAACAACAUUCUGGUCCAAUCAAACAGUUAUGUCACCAAGAGACAGUCGAUCAAGCUUCUUGGGGAGAUUCUCCUUGACCGGUCAAACUACAGCGUCAUGACGGCCUAUGUAGACCGGGGUGAGCAUCUGAAGAUUUGCAUGAACCUGCUGCGCGAUGAUAGGAAGAUGGUGCAGUAUGAGGGAUUCCACGUUUUCAAAGUAUUUGUGGCCAACCCACACAAGUCCAUUGCCGUCCAGAAAAUCCUUCUCAUGAACCGAGACAAGCUCCUGAAUUUCUUAUCGCAUUUUCUUGAGGAUCGGACCGACGAUGAGCAAUUCAUCGACGAGAGGGAGUUCCUGAUAAAGCAAAUCCGCAAUAUGCCUGCUACCCCUGUUCCUCCACAAAGAUAA